AUGAAUUUCACACCUGUGGACAGCAAUGUAACUGGAGCUGUGAAUUACCAGGACAGGUUUCUUACAGCUCUUGGGAGGAAUUUUACAGUUUUUGUCCUGGGCAUCACCAUCAACUACAUCAAUGCCAACAUGGUCCACACAUUCAGCAAGCAUCAUAUCUUCAAGUCAAACCCACGCUAUAUCCUUUUCAUCCACCUGGUGUUCAACGACAUGAUUCAGCUGACAACCAGCAUUUCCCUCUUCGUCAUCACCUACGCCUUCCAAACCAUCCAUGUCUACCACUGUUGUCUCUUGGUGGUCCCAGCCAUUAUGACCACACAAAACACCCCUCUGAACAUAGCUUUUAUGGCAGCUGAGUGCUACAUUGCUGUCUGCAUUCCCCUCCGCUACAACAACUUAUGUUCAGUCAAAAGAACAUAUAUUGUAAUUGGCAUAAUAUGGACUUGUAGUUCAUUUUCUGUCUUGCCGGAUGUCUUCAUCCUUUUUGCAACCGAACCUCUGGAGUUCAUAAAUUCAAAAGUGAUGUGCUACAGGGAUGCAGUGUUUCGGAACACGCACAGUUUAAAGAAGAGGGAUGCAUCCCACAUGCUGUUUCUGGUAGGGGUUUGGUUGACUCUGUUCUACACUUACUUCAGAAUUGUGUUUGUAGCCAAAGCGGCCAACACAGAUGCUACAAAGGCUAGAAACACUCUUCUCCUUCAUGGCUUUCAGGUGCUGUUGUGUAUGAUGGUUUAUGUGCAACCUAUGCUACAACGGGUUCUCAGUUACUUAUUCCCAGGAAGUCUAAGUGCCAUAUACUUUGUUUUGUUUAUCAUAAACCAAAUCCUCCCUCGCUUUGUAAGUCCUAUUGUCUACGGGCUACGAGACAAAACUUUCAGGAAGUACUUCAAAAUGUAUCUCCUAUGUACCAUGGACAUUCAUCUGAAGACAAGCGUGAUGAUGCCUACUUAA